GUUUCUGCAGGAGUCACGAAUCUCAUUGCAUUCCUUUGCUUGCAGCGUACAGCGAUAGUUCCGACCAGAUCUGAUGGCGCUUCCCUCCCAGCAGCUGUCAUGCUGAUACGUGAUUGGCUACGGCGGGCCGGCGCAUCUCUCUCUCGGACUCAUCAGCCUACGACCAUUCAUUGCAACGAUCAACCACCACCAUCAGCGCGAGAUGCCGCGGCCAUCCCCCCUGCCGCCACUGAUGCACGUGACAAUGAUACGUCAGCGGCCAAGGGCGGCUUCCCCCAGGUGGUCGACACCCUCGGCGACGCCAUCACGACAGUCGACAGCACCGUCACCACAGCAGCAGACACUGCACAGCGUCUCUUCGGUGCUCUGUCCUUCCCGGCAUUCAUGGCGGGCACUAUCGUCUUCGGCGUGGCGUCGGGCGUCAAGGCCUACCGUCGGCAGCUGAGGCGACUCGCCAGCCAGGAGAAUGGCCAUGUGAGGGGACACAUGGCGGCACGGUGGACGGGGAGGGGGGCGUCGGGUCAGCAGGGUGUGUCGGGUGAGGAGCUGCCGCGUGCCGGGGCACUGUUGACGCCCUGGGAGAUGUUCAAGGUGUUUGCCUAUCCUGCCUGCAUCGUUGUGACGUGCACCACGCUCAUGUGGUGGUCAUUCCAGCGCGUCUGCGGAGUCAAAGACGUAAGCCUCGACGAAUGAGAAGGCAGGCAGACAGGGAGGGUUUGCGGAGCGUUUGUGGUGGUGUGUGGUCUGCAGUUUGGUCACUUCAUAGGUCUGGUCAAGUGGCUUAGAGGAAUCGGCCCCAAGCCGCCCGACACAGACAGGGGCCAGAGAGAGGGAGAGGGAGGGGAGGAGAGUAGCUCUGCCAAGUGACAGGAGGGGGGGAGGGGUCGUUCGUGAGUGACAUGACAGUUGGUUUGCAUGGCUGGCUCACAUUUAGUGUCCUGACAAUCGACAGUGCAUGUGUGUAUUUCAAUGAGGGAUUCGUUCAACAAGUCCAG